UUAUGUAAAGAGGGUAAAGGGCAUUCGAGAUGAGCGUGCGAUUUAUAUUCAGUGUAGUAAAAUUAUCGAUACUUUUUCGACAACUGAAACUUCUUUUGUAAUUUAAAAUAGUUCUGAUUUUGCGUUAACCAAUAUCAACAUUUGUUUUGUUUUCAUAAUUGUGAUGUCAGCUAUGAAAGUGCCGAAAUAUCGUUUCCGUGUUUGAGCUAAUCGAGGUUUUCCAUUUUGGUAUAGUCCCAAAAUCCGCCAGCAGAAAUUCUUUAAAGAGAAAUUUCGCCCUGAAGACCUAAAUAUACUUGAACAAUGGAUUGUGUUAAGGCACUACACCUCGGCAGUAGUUUGAAAGAUUUGGAAGAACUGUAUAAAUUGAAUAAAAGUAUUAGCGGAAAAAAAGUUUUACAACUGUGUUCAGGUGCAGCUAAGCUUAAGGAGCAAGCGGACCGAUAUUAUAUACAACGAGACGAAGAACAAGCAUAUGUGUACUACAUGAAAUUUUUAAACCUUUUGGAAACAAUAAAAAAGCAUAAAGAAUAUCCAGAGAAGAAAACCCAAAUUUCGAGCAUUGUUUGUACUAAUUCGCACAUUAACCAGAUAUUCGAUAAACUGGAAAAACUUAAGAACAGCUUGUCAAGAAGAUAUGCAAAUGUCAAUGCUGGAAGGGAACGAGAAGUUAAUAAGGCUCGUGACCGGCAUGACAGCAUUUCAACCAUAAUAUCGUUUAAACAUUCAAUUGAUGCUAAAGAACUGUGUCAAAUGAUUAUUGAUAAUAACAUUAGCAUGCUUAUCAUGGAUUGCCGCUCGGACAAGGAUUUCGAAUCGUCUCGAAUCAAGUACGAUCAUGUUGUAAAUGUGCCAGAUCAGCUCCUAGUGGCUGGAAUGACUGCAGGAAAAAUCCAUGAGAAACUUCCCGAACGAUCAAAGCCUUUGUGGCAAUCUCGUAGGGUUAAGGAGCAAAUAGUUUUAAUGGAUUUCAAUACCAUUGGUGUUGCAGCCAAGGAUUCGCCACUGUGGGUGCUGAAUGAUAUCUUAAAUAACUGGGACCAGGAUGUUAACUAUAUGAAACCCCUGAUAAAACUAGAAGGAGGCUACAAAACAUUCCAGUUGCAUUAUCCGAUGCAUUGCAUGAAUCCUAGCUAUCUACCACCUUUUAAUGAAGUUAGUGAUGCUACCCGUAUCGAGGACAUUGAAUAUCCCAAUAUAAGCGACAUUAGGAUGAAGGAUGACAGCUUUGGGUCCCAACCUGAUCGUCCGCAUAUCGAUCGAAAUAGCAAAGCAGCUGCUUUGCAUACCUACGAAGCGAAAAAAAAGCCUAUUGAAGAAAUUUUGGACGAGCGGGAAAAACUUUUAAAUAAAUCAGCUCAAAACGAUCUGGCAUUGGAAACAACUAUGAAGGAGUUUGAGCAAAUUUCCGCUGAGACGAAAAAAGCGAUCGAUGGCGAAGAAAAGCUCCGGUUGGUCGAUCAGUUCACUGAAGUCUAUCAUCGGUUGUUGCAGAUGGAAAAUAUGAAGAAAGAUUACAUUUCUGAAAAUGCUAGCUUGGGAGAACAAGUUCAGCAGCUCAAUGAAAACGAUGAAAGUCUACAAGAAUGGGGCGAGCGUAUUACUGUUGAUGAAGCUGCUGAAUUGGAAGAAGAAGCUAAUCGCAAAAGAAUUAAAGAAACACGCGAUGAACUAGAACGUGCUCGGAUGGACGCUCUUGCAAAGGAACGCACAGAGAGGUUGAAGAUUGCUUAUGAACACAAGCGUCAUUUAAGAGAGAUACCUGAUGAUGAAGAAAUACCGCAACGAAAAAUUCCGCAGAUAGAUCGUUCAGCAAAGCCCAUAACUGUGCAGCGCGAUUUCGCUCCAGUAAUAGGCAAUGUGGGUCGCGGAUUGACAGGACUGAAAAAUCUCGGCAAUACAUGUUAUAUGAAUAGCAUCCUUCAAUGCCUUAGCAAUUCAACAUUUCUAACAGAAUAUUUUACUGAAGGAUUAUUCAGACAGCACCUCAACGGAAAUAAUAAAACACAAGGCAGAAUUGCUGAAGAGGUGGCCGCCGUGAUAGUGACUUUAUGGACAGGGAAAUACAAAUGUAUUGCAAGUAAAAAUCUCAGGUACGUUGUUGGACAAUAUGAGCGACAGUUUGGAGGAAUUGAGCAGCAAGACUCUCAUGAGUUUUUGACAAUUUUAAUGGAUUGGCUUCAUUCUGAUCUGCAAACUGUGUCAAUGAAGAUUGAAACUAGUUUAGACCAGCUUCCACCGUCGGAAAAAGCGUGGGUUGAAUACUUGAAAGGAAAGGAAAGCUACGUUUCUCAGCUGUUCUACGGGCAAAUUAAAAGUACAGUGAAAUGUAGACGUUGCGGAAAAGAGAGCGCUACUUAUGAAUCUUUUUCAAACCUUAGCCUAGAACUGCCCAAUGACGCUAACAGAUGCCAUUUGAAUGAUUGCCUGGAAAUGUAUUUUCAUGGCGAAGAUAUACGAGGAUGGAACUGUCCACAAUGUAAAGACAACCAAGUUGCUAUUAAGAAGUUGGACAUUUCACGGCUGCCUUCGAUUUUAGUGAUCCAUUUUAAAAGGUUUUACGCAGAUCCGGAUGCUAUAUCCACUGUAUAUAAAAAAAAGCAAAACUAUGUCAAGUUUCCACUUACGGAGUUUGACAUGUCAGCUCAUAUAGCACCUUCGGAGAUUAAUCGAAAUCUAAGGCUAAGAAAUCGUCGAUACCAUCUGUAUGGGGUAUCGAAUCAUUACGGAUCAAUGGAGAGUGGUCAUUACACAGCAUUUUGCAAAAAUUCAAUCCAUCAAAUAUGGUACAAGUUUGAUGAUCAUAUGGUGUCUAGUCUGGAUGUAUCCGAUGUCUGUUCCAGUGCCGCGUACAUUCUGUUUUACUCAAUGCUUCCAGAACAGCCGCAGGUGGAUAUGCAAAUAAGAUAGAAGUAAGAAACCUGAUUAUAAAAUGUUCCGUACUUGUGAUCUUCUUAGUGUGAUGUAAAUAUGACUGGCAAUUUAGCUUUUUAUUGUUAUGUUUGAUCAUUUAUAUCAUAUGUGGUUUAAGAUGAUGAAACUGGUAUUUCACAACAGAAACCAUAUUCGGCAUUGGUAUGAAGUUUGAAGUACUGUGAUUUUGUACUAAAAGAAUAUACCUAAUGGAACAAGUGAGAAAAAUGAAACAGUAAAACUAUAUUUUCAAAUUA